AGCCAAUUACCAACAUUUUAGAUAAACAAAGUUCCUUGAACCAUAUUCCAUGGGACUUUCACCACCCUCAUCUUUUCACAUGCAUGCUUUUAUUCUUCUUUGGUGGUUUUGCCUGUUUCUCACCUCUGUAACUAGCGGGAAUAAUGUGACAGACCAAUUGGCAUUGCUUGAGUUCAAAGCCAAGAUAACUCAUGACCCUUUUGGGAUUAUGAGCUCUUGGAAUGAUAGCAUCCACUUUUGUCAAUGGCAAGGGGUUACGUGUGGUCGCCGACAUCAAAGAGUCACCGUACUGAACCUGCAAUCACAAAAACUGGUAGGCCCUAUAUCACCAUUUGUUGGAAAUUUAAGUUUUCUGAGGAAUCUAACCCUUCAAAAUAACAGUUUUCAUAGCGAAAUCCCUCCAGAAAUUGGCCAUUUGCGAAAACUGCAAGUCUUGCGAUUGGAAAACAACACUAUCAGUGGCAUAAUUCCUAACAAUUUAUCCAGUUGCACCAACCUCAUUGCAUUUUUUGUUGGUUAUAACCUUUUGGUAGGAGAAAUACCCGCAAAGCUUGGUACCUUGUCAAAGCUCCAAAUCAUUUCCAUUCACAAGAAUAAUCUUACAGGAAGUAUUCCAUCUUCUUUUGGAAACCUAUCAUUUCUGAAAGGGUUUUCUGCAACUUAUAAUCACUUGGGUGGGAUUAUCCCUCAUUCUUUUGGCCAAUUAACCAAACUUACACUUUUUGCUGUAGGCUCAAAUAGGUUGUUUGGUACAAUUCCUCCCUCAAUCUACAAUCUCUCUUCAUUAACACAGUUUGAUAUAGGAGACAACCAAAUCCAAGGACGUCUUCCAUCAAACAUAGGCAUCACUCUACCAAAAAUCGAAUUUUUUUCCAUUAGCCGAAACCAAUUUACAGGAUUUAUCCCUGUUUCAAUAUCCAAUGCCUCAAAUCUAAAUACAAUUUUUUUGGGUAUAAAUCAACUAACCGGAAAAGUUCCUUCUUUGGAGAAGCUAUAUAAAAUGAGGCGUUUUCUCAUUACCCUCAAUUUUCUUGGAAAUGAGGAAGCAAAUGACUUGAGUUUUCUCUGUUCCUUGACAAAUGCAACCAAUCUAUGGAAGUUGGCUAUAAAUGGCAACAAUUUCGGGGGCAAGUUGCCUGAAUGCAUUAGCAACUUCUCAACUGAUCUUACUGAUUUGUACCUAGAUAAUAACCAAAUAUUUGGAUACAUUCCUGCUGGGAUAGGAAAUUUGAUCAAUUUGGAGAGACUUGAAAUGUGGAACAAUAAAUUAUCUAGCAAUAUCCCUUUUGAAAUUGGAAAGCCUCAUAAGCUACAAUUUUUGGAUUUAUCUCAAAACAAUUUCUCUGGGAACAUUCCAUCCUCCCUUGGAAAUUUCACAAAUUUGAUAGAAUUAUAUUUACAAGAGAAUAAUCUUCAGGGAAAUAUCCCUUCAAUUCUUGGUCAAUGUCAAAAUCUGAUUUAUUUGUUUCUAGAUCAUAACAAUCUCAGUGGUUCCAUAUCUCCACAAGUCAUUGGUCUCUCAUUCUCACCAAUUAGUUUAGACAUUUCUGCCAACCAAUUUACCGGUACUCUUCCAAUGGAAGUAGGAAAUUUAAAAAAUCUAGGAUAUUUGGAUAUUUCUGAAAACAUGUUGUCCGGUAAAAUUCCAAUGAGUCUUGGAAGCUGUGUAAAGCUAGAAUUUCUAGCCAUGAGAAGAAACUUCUUCCAAGGGACCAUCCCUUCAUCUUUUGAAUCGUUAAGAGGUCUUAAACAACUUGAUCUUUCCAGUAAUAAUUUUUCAGGUGAGAUUCCGAAAUUCUUAGAGCUUUUUGACUUGCAAUUACUAAAUCUAUCUAACAACCAUUUUGAGGGUGAGGUACCAACAAAGGGAAUUUUCAAGAAUACGAGUGCAACUUCACUUAAUGGAAAUGGUGAGCUCUGCGGCGGCAUACCUAAGUUUCAGCUUCCUAAGUGCAAAUACAACAAAUCAAAAAAGAAGAAGUUGACUCCUACUGUGAAAUUAAUAAUCUCUAUACUUUCUGGGCUUUUUGGAGUAACUUUGAUUCUAUCUCUUCUACUUCUUUGCUCUUUAAGAAAAAAAAGGAAGAAAAAUACCUCAAUUGAUUCAAUAAAUUUCCUUUUGAAUGUAUCUUACCAAAGUCUCCUAAAUGCUACCAAUGGAUUCUCUUCUGCUAAUUUAAUUGGUAAGGGUAGCUUUGGGUCCGUGUAUAAAGGAAUUCUUGAUCAAGGCAGACAUAUGGUUGCUGUUAAGGUGCUUAACCUCUCACAUCGAGGAGCUUCCAAAAGUUUCAUGGCCGAGUGUGAGGCUCUAAGAAACAUCAGACAUCGAAAUCUUGUAAAGGUACUCACAGCAUGUUCAGGUAUUGACUAUCAAGGUCAUGAUUUUAAAACUUUGGUAUAUGAGUUCUUGAGAAACGGCAAUCUAGAUGAGUGGUUGCAUCCAACUCCAAGAACAAAUGAGGCUAUUGAGGAGCCAAGGAAGUUAAGUAUUCUUCAAAGAUUGAAUAUCGCCAUUGAUGUUGCUAGUGCAUUGGAUUAUCUUCAUCAUCGUUGUGAAACACCAAUUGUUCAUUGUGACCUCAAGCCCAGUAAUGUUCUUCUCGAUGAUGACCUGAUUGGACAUGUAGGCGACUUCGGCUUAGCAAGAUUCCUUCAUGAUGUUUCCCAAGAUUGUUCUACUAAUCAAUCAAGCUCCAUUGGGGUUAGAGAAACAGUUGGUUAUACUCCUCCAGAGUAUGGUAUGGGAAAUGAAGUGUCACUAUAUGGUGACACCUAUAGUUACGGCAUACUAUUGUUAGAGAUGUUCACAGGAAAGAGACCUACUGAUAGCAUUUUUCAAGAUAAUUCAAACCUUCAUGACUUUGUCAAAGCAGCUUUGUCAGAACGAAAAAUUGACAUUAUAGAUCCUAAUCUUCUUUGGGAAAGGCAAGAGGAAGAGAUGAGGAGGAUAAACAACACUCAAAAUGAGGAUCAAAAUGGAAGUUCCAAAAUUCAGGAAUGCUUGAUUUUGAUACUUGGAAUUGGAGUUGCUUGUUCCACAGAAUUUCCAAGAGAAAGGAUGAACAUCAGUACUGUUGUAGUUGAGCUUCAUAAAAUUCGAGAAAGCAUUCUUAAAACUAGUAUACAAAGACAAGGAGUUCGUGCUACAGGUGCACAAGGUUGAUGACUUAUUAUGAAGGUAGCCAGUAUAGUUUGUCAAGUUUAUGAUAUAUUAUAUUGGAGCAAAUAAUUUGUGUAAUUCAACAAUCAUGUCUUUAAUGUACUAUUUUCGUUAAUUCAGCAAUCAUAUUUCUGGCUUGGCUCAAAGAACUGAUGUAUUUUCUCUCUGUGGCUUCAAUAAAAAUGCUUAGGCUUUAGAUGCCUAAGAAAUUUAGAUCUGCCUCUA